UGAUGCGCUGCAGCCUCUAUUUAGCUCGCGCUCGCGCCGCAGCAUGUGGACCCGGCUCUACGUCACGUACCAUGGCGUCGCGCGAGAAAAGUCAGCCGCACAGCAAACCGUUCAAGCUGAGGAAGAGUUUAGCAACGAGGAAACGGGAAGUGGCGGGCAUCAGGGCCAAGUUCCCCAACAAGGUCCCGGUCAUCAUCGAGAGGUACGACAAGGAAAAGUAUCUGCCUCCGCUGGACAAAACCAAGUUCCUGGUUCCGCAGGAGCUCACCAUGACGCAGUUCCUCACCAUCAUCAGGAACCGCAUGGCGCUGCUGCCCAGCCAGGCCUUCUACCUGCUCAUCAACAACAGAGGGCUGGCGAGCAUGUCGCUCACCAUGGCUCAGGUGUACAAACAGCACCAGGAUGAGGACGGCUUCCUCUACAUGACCUACGCCUCGCAGGAGAUGUUUGGACGAUGAAGCUCGUCCUGCUUCAGGUUUUAUUCCCGUUACAGGCUACUCGCCUCAGCUGCUGUAAAUACAAAAGAGUGUAUAUAUUGUAAUUUUUGUUCUACACGCUGAUUGGACGAGAUGGAUUUUAAUCGUGUUCAUCCAAUAAAUAUUUUGAUGUUAAGGAA